AUAAAUAAAUAACUAAAAUAAAAAAAGUUUUAAUUAAAAAGAACUUGAACGAAGCGAAGGUGCACAAUCAAUGCAAAAUUAAUAACUUGCUCCUCAUUACUACUUCAAUCAAUUAAAUAAUAGCCACAUUUUAAAUGCAAUCCAACGAUACCGCGAAACCUACAAACCAUUGAGUAAGGCACGUAAUGUCGGUAAAAAACAAGCCACCGGUAUUGGCAAGCACCGCAGAUAAAAUUGAUUACACUUCUGAAGCGGCUAAAGUAAAACGCACCCGCGAGCAAGCCUAUUUCAAUUCAUAUAACUUUGAUGCGAUUGAAGUGCUACCAUAUGAUGAUGAUAGUGGAGCAGCUCAGUCUAAUGUAAGAGGUAAUCAGGAACAGUCUAAAAAAUCGCUUCCAAGAUAUAGUCAAGCCCCAGCAAAACAUCAACCUACUCAGCCACUUAAGUUCAAUACUAAAAAUAAACGCUUCUUCCAAAACGUAUCACACUAUGCUGCCAGUGGUAGUAGUGAGAACAGCAGUCAUUCCAGCAGUAAUAGUGGGGAUAGUUUUUAUUCCGAUGCACAUCAGGUAUACUUGCAGCGACUUGGUGCAUUCUUUGGUACCUCACACAGUACAAUUAAAUUGGAUAAUUCUACUGAAAAGAAAGCUAAUGUAGCUAGUAACUGUAAUAUUGUUGCGGUAACUGAUGCUGAUGUCAAUAGUCACGCAACUCAAGACCAUGAAGUGGUUCAAAGUGAUGUGGAAAACAAUAAAACAGCUGAUAAUGGAAAUUUUUUACUACCAAGAGCAAUGCUGAAAUAUCAGAAUGUUACUGUUCCAAAUUCAAUGCCAUUGCCAGUUAUCUCAGCAACGAAUGCCAAACUGUUACAAAAUGAUAAUUGCAGCAGUAGCAGCAAAAGCAACAGCACUUCUCUAAGUAUUGCCAAGAGCAACAGUGAAACGAUGUUGCUGACUAACAACAACAUGAACAACAACAGCAGCAACACGUUUCGUCCUCAGCCAAUUAGUAAAUCAAUGGUGAAUGAUGCUAGUAAUGCCAGUUUUCCUUUACCAACAGAAAAAUAUAUUGCCAUAAAAACCACAAAUACAGGGACAUUGAAGAUGGCACGGCACAAAAAACAAUCCAUUAGCUCUACAUCAACAACAGCUUCGACCGCAACUUCAAUGGCGAGCAUAGAAGAAGAAGUAGACCUGCGUAAUAAACAAGCAAUUAGCGGUGGCAUUUACAAUCGAAAUAAACUUUUAGUCAAUAAUAAAAUCAUCACCGCAGCGCCUACCAAAAAUGUUGGCAAUGAACAACAUGGUAGAACCAGCUCACACCAAUCUCACUAUUCCACAGACAAAAGUGGUUCAUCCGGCUAUUACAGUUCCAAUGUGUGUUCAACAUAUUCGAUAGAAGAUCACAUAUAUUGCGAACCAGUUGUCGAUAUCUUAGAUGUAAAUAGUAAGAGUAAAAGUGAUAUUGCAGCAAAAGUGCACAACACUGCAAUUUUGCACAAUCAACUCCAAAAACAAAUACCAGCUGCGGCAACUAAUGUUUUAACACAGAGUAAAAUUUUGAAUAGUAGUAACACUAAAGACAUGAUCGGUGUUGUAGGUCUGAAGAGUAGUUACAAUAAGUGCGAUGGUGAUACCGAUGAUGAAAGUCUUACGGUGGAAAACAGUAGUACAUUACGACUUACAUCAGAACAAACAAAUGUACAACCACAAUUCAGUGAAAGUUUACGUGUGCUCGAAGCGAGCAUCGAAAACCUGGAUCGUCAUUUAAGAACUUUUUCAAGUCUGAGUUCUCAGGAAUGUUUAGCGUCCUCAACGCAAACGCAAAUGCAAAACCAACAUCACCAGUACCCGCAUCAGCAUGUAUUUAGUGAAAAAUUACGCCAACACAACCAACUUCCUACCAUAAUUGAAGAUUAUGAUUUAGCGCAUACAACACGUCCUUGGCAAAGUCAUUUAGUAGAUGAUUCACUAUUAGAUAUCGACAUGGAUGCUUUUCUACUUGCAAACGAAACCAAAGGUAUUAAACGCAGCAAGACACAUAAAACGCAAUAUGAAGCAAGUGGUAUUGAUAAUCCUACAUUUCUUAAUGAUGAGCAAGCUGAAAAUCACUAUAAAUGUGCCAAAUAUAUAAACUCCUGCCCUGAAGAUGCAUAUCGUGUUGAAAGUGAUAUAGUUUUAGGAACUGAUAAUGGCUCUAUAAAGUCUGCAGCAGUCGAUCAUCUACCCAAACCCUACGUCGAUCAGUUACAUUUCCAAAACACACGAGAACUUUUAGAGGAUGUACGCGAGAAAAUAUUGAAACUUUCUGCAUCAAACAAUGAUUUACGUGCACGUACUGAGGACAAAAAGUUGGUAACUAAAGUAGAUGAAAUACCAAAAGAAUUGGAGGGAAUGAUUAAGGCAUUAAAGGAUGAAUUAGAAACAUAUUUGGCACGUAUGAAUCAACAAAGUGAAAUGGAAAUACGACAGCUUUGUAGUGGUCUUCUAAAAAAUCAAAAAAUUGCGAAAAUGAUGAAAGCAUUCGAACAUCGACAACCUCACAAUAAUAGUUAUGAAUGCAUUGGACUUAGUACAUACGAAGUCAAUCGAAAUAAUGCAUCCAACACUUUUGCAAGUGCUGUUGUAAAUCAACAGCAACAGCAGAUUGCAUCUAUAAAAUGUGCAAGUGAUCCAAAUUUUAAAAUGAAACGUAAAUCUAUUGCUGAAAUAUUUCCGAGAGCCGAUUGUUAUAUUGAAACGAUACGCGAUAAUCAAGUACCUGCAACAUCCGAAACCUCAUUAAAACCUACACAAAUGCAACGCAAUUUAGCUUAUCAAAAUCCAGUACUAAAUCAAUUAGAUUCCAAAUUGGGACCAAGUGGUGGUGUUGGUUUAUCAAAUGCAGGCUCAAAUAGUGCUAGUACAGGAUCAGGUGAUAAGAAUUCCAUAUUGGAAUGGCAUCGAAAAAAACCAAGCAUUUGGGAAAUGUAUUAUGGCACGAAUCGUAUUAAUCAGUCACUGUUAGGAAAACGCAGCGGUAUGGUGACAAAUACUGCUCAAACUACUAUGUCCUAUCCGUCAUCACGUCCCGAGUCUGAUUUUACAUUAGACCUACCCCGUGCCGAACAAUUACGAAUAAAAAUGGAGAAGGAAAAGAAAUUCCGUCAAAGAUGUCGCUACAUAACCACAUUUCUAAGUCUAGUGUUCUUCUUACUGACCGUAAUGGUGGUUAGUCUGGUACUAACGCGUGGGAAACGCAUGUUCGGCAGCAUGAUCUGAUUACAUAUAACAUAUAAAUAUAUAUAAGCAAUUAAGUGUAAAAUUAUUGUAUAUUUAGUUGUAAUUAAUUAAUAUUACUUAUUGUAAAGUUUGAAACUAAAGUAAACAUAUUUAACAAAUAGUACAACGAAAUUUCUUUUGAACAAGAUAUACAACGCAGUGCCGUACUUUUA